GGGCUCCGCGGCAGCUUCGUCCGCAGGUCUCCCAGCAGGCAAGCGGCUUCGUCGCCCCCUCCGGCCCCAUGGCAGCCCCCGGCUCCCCGACUGAGUGCGGCUACAUCCGGACAGUCCUGGGCCAGCAGAUCCUGGGGCAGCUGGACAGCUCCAGCCUGGCUCUGCCCUCUGAGGCCAAGCUGAAGCUGGCGGGGAGCAGCAGCCGCAGCGGCCAGGCGGCCAAGAGCCUGCGGAUCCAGGAGCAGGUGCAGCAGACCCUGGCCCGGAAGGGCCGCAGCUUGGUGGGCAACGGAAAUCUUCACCGAACCAGCAGUGUUCCUGAGUAUGUCUAUAACCUACACUUGGUUGAAAGUGACUAUGCUGGUCGGCGUUCACCUGGUAUUAAAACCUAUGACGUGCUAAAGACAGGCACCACUGCCACUUAUGAAAGUCGCUGGGGGAGAGGAACAGCACAGUAUAGUUCACAGAAGUCAGUGGAAGAAAGAUCCUUGAGGCAGCCUCUGAGGAGACUUGAGAUUUCUCCAGACAGCAGCCCCGAGAGGAUUCAUUACUCGCACAGUGAUUACCAGUAUGGCCAGAGAAGUCAGGCUGGGCACACUUUGCGGCACCAAGACAGCAGGAGAUCCACCCUCCUUCUGCCACCUCGAUAUGCUCGCUCAGAAAUUGUUGGUUUCAAUCCCUCCGGGGCCAUGAGCAGACAUCGCCACUAUGACACCUACCACAGACAGCACCAGUAUGGGUCUGUGAGUGACACCGUGUUCGACAAUGCCCCUGUCAACUCAGUGGUGCUCACGUACCCCAGGCCCGGGACCAGUCACAGCAUGGGAAACCUCUUGGAGAAAGAGAACUAUCUGACUUCGGGGCCUGUCCCUGGGCACCUCCGGCCACUGGCGCCCCUGCAGGUGGUCAAUCAGAAUAGGGCCGCUCACUCCUGGCACCAGAGCUCCUUCCGCAGCACCCGCAUGGUGAGGGAAGCCGGGCCCAGUGUCACUGUGGAUGCAGGCGGGAGGAGGACGCACAUGACGGCCGGCCAAGUGGCAGCAGCUGGAAGUGGGAACCUGCUCCUGGACAGAAGCACUUUCACCGACUCCCAGCUCGGGAAUGCAGACAUGGAGAUGACUCUGGAGCGAGCAGUGAGUGUACUCGACGCAGACCACACACUGCCACCCAGAAUUUCUGCUGCAGCUACUUUCAUACAGCACGAGUGCUUCCAGAAAUCUGAAGCCCGGAAAAGGGUUAAUCAGCUUCGUGGCAUCCCCAAGCUGCUGCAGCUCCUAAAAGUUCAGAAUGAAGAUGUUCAGCGAGCCGCGUGUGGGGCCUUGAGAAACUUAGUAUUCGAAGACAAUGACAACAAGUUGGAGAUGGCUGAACUUAAUGGGAUACCUCGGCUGCUCCAGGUGCUGAAGCAAACCAGAGACUUGGAGACCAAAAAGCAAAUAACAGGUUUGCUGUGGAAUUUGUCAUCUAAUGACAAACUCAAGAAUCUCAUGAUAACAGAAGCCUUGCUUAUCCUGACUGAGAAUAUCAUCAUUCCCUUCUCGGGGUGGCCAGAGGGAGACUACCCCAAAGCAAAUGGUUUGCUUGAUUUUGAUAUAUUUUACAACGUCACAGGAUGCUUAAGAAAUAUGAGCUCAGCUGGGCCUGACGGGAGGAAGGUGAUGAGAAGGUGUGAUGGGCUGAUCGACUCGCUGGUCCAUUAUGUCAGAGGAACCAUUGCAGACUACCAGCCAGACGACAAGGCCACAGAGAACUGUGUGUGCAUUCUUCAUAACCUCUCCUACCAGCUGGAGACAGAGCUCCCAGACAGAUAUGCCCAGAGUAUCUAUAUUCAAAACCGGACUAUCCAGACUGACAACAACAAAAGUAUUGGGUGUUUUGGCAGUCGAAGCAGGAAAAUAAAAGAGCAAUAUCAGGACAUGCCGAUGCCAGAAGAAAAGAGCAACCCGAAGGGUGUGGAAUGGCUGUGGCAUUCCAUUGUGAUACGGAUGUAUUUGUCCUUGAUCGCAAAGAGUGUCCGAAACUACACUCAGGAAGCGUCUUUGGGAGCUCUGCAGAAUCUCACAGCAGGAAGUGGACCAAUGCCGACGUCAGUAGCUCAGACAGUUGUCCAGAAGGAAAAUGGCCUUCAGCACACCCGCAAGAUGCUGCAUAUCGGUGAUCCAAGUGUGAAAAAGACGGCAGUCUCCCUGCUGAGAAAUUUGUCUCGGAAUCUUUCUCUACAGAAUGAAAUUGCCAAAGAAACUUUGCCUGAUUUGGUUUCCAUAAUUCCUGACACAGCCCCGAGUACUGAUCUUCUCAUUGAGACUACAACCUCUGCCUGCUACACUCUGAACAAUAUAAUCCAAAAUAGUUUCCAGAAUGCACGGGAUCUUCUGAACACUGGAGGCCUGCAGAAAAUCAUGACCAUCAGCUCAGCCGAUGUCUAUGGCUCCAACAAAGCAAGUAAAGCUGCUUCUGUUCUCCUCUAUUCCCUGUGGACGCACACGGAGCUCCAUAAUGCCUACAAGAAGGCUCAGUUUAAGAAGACAGAUUUUGUCAAUAGCCGGACUGCCAAAGCCUACCACUCCCUUAAAGACUGAGGAAAAUGAAAAAGUGCUUUCAGAAAUCUCAACCUCACCAUUCUCAGCCACAAAAAAAGCCUCAAAGGAAAACGCCUAUUUUUCUACUUCCCAGCCCAAGAAACCUCAAAAAAGCAUGCCCUGUUUCUUAGCCUUUUCUAUUUCCAAGGUCCCCAGAAUCUAGAAGACACAUAGGCAGAAUAUAAUUUUAUUAGUCUUCCAGAAAACUUUUUCAAGUCUACUACCAGUAGGCACUGGCAACAGCCUCGCUUUUACCCUCCACAGACUGUGGUCCUUGUGAUCAGGAUUCAUGGUGCAGGGCCUCCCGGAACUGAAAUGCGAAUUCAUGUGGAAUGAGCAUUAACAACAAACAAGGAAAGAAGGAGGCGGUUCUAUUACCAGGAUUUUAAAAGUUUGAUUUACGCUUAUAGUCCUUUUCUGGUUUCCAUAUUUUGUCACUCAUAUGCACAUUGCUUCGCCAUUGGCCACAAGUGUAUUGUUCUGCAGUGUUGAAACAGAAUGAAAACGACGAGAAAUAUUUGCAGGAGAAAAUUUAAUGGCAAAAUUAUAUGUUUGUUUACUUUGUGCUUAUUUUUAUCCUCUUGAAUUUUUUUCUCUGAUUUGAAAUGAACUGAAGAAAUUUAGGUCACAUUGAGUGUGCAUGACUCUAAGAAAACGAAAUUGAAAUGAAGUGAUCAUAGCAAAUUUAAAAAUCUUCUCACAGAGAACAGCGACUAUGGUUAUGAAAUUCCGUGUUCCCUCUAACACUUAAAUAUGAGUCUUGCUCAAGGAAAUACCUAACCUAUGACAACAUCAUGAAAUGCAAAUCUCUCCAGAAUAGUAGGAUUCAUUACCCGGACUUUUUCAGCAACUUCAGUGGGCUGAUAGAAAACAGACUCUAUACUCUUCAGCUACAAAAGGAAAUGAAAAACCUCUCAAACUGCUGCAUGAGCCCAGGGCACUGAAAACAGCUCAUUUAAUAAAUUACAUUAUCAAUCAGCCCAACUUUGCCCAAUAUUUUAAAAAUACCACCUUAGAGAGCCUCUAAAUCUCAUGUGAUCUUCCUCAAGCCAUUAUUUUAAGUCAAGGAAUUUAGCAAAAAAAUGAAGACACUGUGUUAAGGAAAAAUAUGUCAAGGCCAUGCAGAAAUGAUAUGGGAUAUACUAGUGUUGAAAAAUUGACAUCAUCUGUUGAAGUGAAUCUGUUACAAGUGUUCUUUUAACUGAGCGAUGAUUAGUACCAUUUACGUAAAAUUAGUCUUCUCAACUACAGUUCUGUUAUAUUUUGCUUUAAAAAAAAAAAAUCUGACAAUGUUUGCUAUAAGAAAGUAAGAAGGAAAAAAAUCCUUCAGCUCCCUUUGGCCAGAGAAAUGUAAUAGAAAAAUAAAUGCCCAUUUUCAAAUUGAAUGUGUAUUUAAGUCUUUAUUAUAUUGAGAAGACAAAAUUCUUUUAAUUUUAAGAGCUUGAUGGAGAAGACUCAGAAUACUAACCUAGUUCAAAAUGAAAUUGUUAGAUACCAAUUUUUAAAUACUGAAGAGAAAAAUCAUUUCUUUUUCUGGAGUUUUGAUGAAUAACGUUUGGAACAUUUUUUAUUCCUCCACAAAACUGAUGGAUGUUCAGAAGUUUCUGUGUUCUUUAAUGCAUUAGUAGAGCCUUCAAUAUUAAACACAAAAGGAGGUCAAAAUAAUGUUGCCUGCAUUGGUCUGUGUACAUCUGAUUUAUUUCUGUAUCACGGUAUAUGUGCUAUGAUUGACAUGGCAUUUGAAGAUUUGACCUUAUAAACUUACAUUGCUAAGGGUUUAAUACUUUGUAAUUGUUUCUAUUUCUUCCCUACUUAAAAGCCUAGAUUCUUUACAAAGAAACAGUUCCUGUAAGAAAACUGGAAUUAGCUAAUGACUAAAGCAUGCAACAAUGGAGAGACAUACUAAUGUGGUAGAUUUUAGUAAAUUGAGUGGGUCUGUGACCCUGACAAGAUAGACUGGUUUGAUCCGCGUGUCCUGCUUUGUUCACUCUGCUUACUAAAAACCUCACUAUUUUACUAUCUUUGGAUACCUCGGGGGGAGGUCCUUGUGUGUUGAAUAUCAGUUUUGAUCUCAGGUCCACACAAAAAGCUUUUUUUUUUUUUUUUU